UGAUUUAUGUUUACAUUCUGGCUGUUUAUAAAAAAAUUGUUUUUUAUUGAGUAAAAAUAAUUAAAGUGGCCGGAAAAUUAAUAAAAAUGCGCGAUAUAGAAAUAUUAGAUCCUAGAAAUUUGGUUAAGAAUCGUGAAAUUCUUUACCGGCUUAUUAUAAGUCAAUUGAUGUACGAUGGCUUGGAAAAAUUUGCCAUGGAAUUGUCUAUGCUGGUAAAAGCGGAUGAGUGCACUCCUAGUGAGCGUCUACUGCAUGUUAUGAUAGCUGGUAUGCAAACGUUAAGCGAUAAAGAACCUGCACCCAAAGACGAUGUUUUGCCCUGUAUCGAUUUGGAGUUUGAACCAGACGCAUCUGCUUUGGCACCAGAACCGGCUUCUUAUGAAACGGCCUAUGUAACCUCUCACAAACAGUCUUGUCGUGCGGGAGCAUUUAGUCAUGAUGGCACUCUAGUGGCCACAGGUAGUGUGGAUGCCAGUAUUAAGAUUCUAGAUGUUGAACGUAUGUUGGCCAAAUCUGCUCCUGAAGAAAUUGAGGCUGGACGUGAACAGCAGGGACAUCCAGUUAUACGUACACUUUACGAUCAUACCGAUGAAGUAGCUUAUUUGGAAUUUCAUCCUAAGGAGCAUAUUCUAGCUUCCGGUUCAAGAGACGGCACAGUCAAACUUUUUGAUAUUGCUAAACCUUCAGUUAAAAAGGCUCAUAAAGUCUUUACUGAUUGUGAACCAGUAACUUGUUUGGGUUUUCAUCCCAGUGGUGACUAUAUGGCAAUUGGUACAGAGCAUUCUUUGUUAAGGGUAUAUGAUGUACAAACUGGUCAAUGUUUUGUCUCAGCUAUAGCAUCACAACAUCACAAUGGUUCUAUAACAUGUGUUAAAUAUGCUCCGACAGCUAAACUGUACGCUACAGGUAGUAUUGAUGGUUCGAUAAAAAUUUGGGACGGUGUUAGUGGUCGCUGCAUUAAUACUAUAACAGAAGCUCAUGGUGGUGCAGAAAUUUGCUCAGUGCAAUUUACACGUAAUGGCAAGUAUCUUCUUUCAUCCGGCAAAGAUUCCUUAGUUUAUUUAUGGGAACUUUGCACUAGUCGUCCCAUACAAACGUAUACUGGUGCUGGUACGACAGGCAAACAAGAGCACAAUACCCAGGCUGUAUUUAAUCACACUGAAGACUAUGUUUUAUUUCCCGAUGAGGCUACUACUUCGCUAUGCUCUUGGAAUUCUCGCAAUGGUAGUCGUUUGAAUCUAAUGUCUUUGGGUCACAAUGGACCGGUUCGUUAUAUAACACAUUCUCCGAUUUCACCAGCUUUUCUUACCUGUUCGGAUGAUUUUCGUGCUCGCUUCUGGUAUAGACGUACUACUAAUCAAUAAAUUAUAAGUUUUAAUUAUAAAAUCCUGAACUUCAGACUAUGGAUAUUUUUUUAAGAUUUUUUUAGAUGUAUGUUAAAUAAAACCAUAUAAAUAACUGUAACGUAACC